AUGAGGGAGAGUCUCAGAGACCCCAGUCGUCUAGUGCACCAUUGUAAGAAACUUCCUUGCACAAAUUUGGAUGUUUGGAGGUUCUACAACAGGUUAAGGAUGGAGCAUGUCUUCCUUGAACCAUCAAUUUCUGGUUUGUGUACAAAUCUUCAAAACAUAGAUAAGAAGGAUUUCAUUUCUUCCAGAGUUGGUUCAAUUCCCACAGAGGAUGCUCUUGCUGAGUUGAGGGGUGCACAGUCUCCUGCUCCCAUACCUGACCAUGAGAUGGAAAUUGAACACCUUCGAUUUGAGGAAGGCCAUGUUGGUCUCAGUUUUAUUCCUGAGUUGAUGCCUUCUUCACCUGGAUUGAUGCCUUCUCCAUCAAAAAGAGACGGAUUCACUCCCAUCCAUGCCAGUAGUUUAGGGCCAGGGCCCAUAUCAGAAAUGUCAGCUGGAACUGAAAUACUGCCAACACCGGAUCUAGAGGGAUUUACCGAACCACCCAGCACUGAGCCGGGAACACCAAUGACUCGUUUCGAGGUUCAUUUCAGUCUCAGAGAUACUGGUUUUUCAGUUAUUCCAGAGUUGCUGAAUUCUGCAGAAACAGAUGACCUAAAUUUUCUGGAAGCAUAUGACACACCAGCUAGUAAGCUACAUGAGUGUUUUGUGGCAUUUCAUGCAUUGAGGUUUGCCCCUCCUAUUCCAGAUCUUGGUAACAAGCUAGCAGACAGAAUGCAGAGUAAGGGACCAUACCUUGCUCUUCAUCUACACAUGGAGAAAGAUGUUUGGGUGGGAACUGGGUGUCUUCCUGGGUUGAGCCAUGAGUAUGAUGAGAUAAUUCGCAAUGAGAGAAAAUUAAGGCCAGAGCUCCUUACAGCAAGAUCGAACAUGACUUACCAUGAUUGCAAGCUUGCAGGGCUUUGCCCUCUGAAUGCCUUGGAGGUUACCAGGCUGCUUAAAGCACUUGAAGCUCCAACAAAUGCUACGAUAUAUUGGGCAGGAGGCCUUCCACUGGGGGGAAGAGAAGCUUUACUACCUUUAAUCAGAGAAUUUCCUCAUUUCUAUAACAAGAAUGACCUUGCUUUGCCUGGAGAAUUGGAGCCUUUUGCAAACAGAGCCUCCCUUCUUGCUGCAAUUGAUUAUGUAGUUUCUGAGAACAGUGAUCUCUUCAUGCCAUCUCAUGGUGGGAAUAUGGGGCAUGCUAUCCAGCUUUCCAAGUUUUAA